UGGUCGCGCUUCCGGAGAGGCGCUUCCGGUGGCGGCGGCAGCAGCGGCUGUGGUGGUUCCGGGUGUCUUUGUCCCCCCGGUGUCGCGGCCCUGGCCCGCAGGUUUUCCCCUCAGACUCUGAAAGAGGACAGCAUUCCCAAUGUCCCAGUUUAAGCGCCAGCGGAUCAACCCCCUUCCCGGGGGACGCAACUUCUCAGGCACAGCUUCUACAUCUCUUCUGGGUCCUCCUCCUGGUUUGCUCACUCCUCCUGUGGCCACAGACCUGUCUCAAAAUGCCAGGCACCUUCAGGGUGGAGAGAAGCAGAGGGUCUUCACUGGCAUUGUUACAAGCUUGCAUGACUAUUUUGGGGUGGUAGAUGAAGAGGUUUUUUUCCAGCUAAGUGUGGUGAAGGGCCGGCUACCCCAGCUGGGUGAGAAGGUGCUGGUGAAGGCUGCAUACAACCCAGGCCAGGCAGUGCCCUGGAAUGCUGUCAAGGUGCAAACGCUCUCCAACCAGCCCUUACUGAAGUCCCCAGCACCUCCCCUUCUGCAUGUGGCAGCCCUGGGACAGAAGCAAGGGAUUCUGGGAGCGCAACCCCAGUUGAUCUUCCAGCCUCACCGUAUUCCCCCACUCUUUCCUCAGAAGCCUCUGAGUCUCUUCCAAACAUCCCAUACACUUCAUCUGAGCCACCUGAACAGAUUUCCUGCUCGGGGCCCUCAUGGCCGAUUGGAUCAAGGCCGAAGCGAUGACUAUGACUCCAAGAAACGCAAGCAGCGGGCUGGUGGGGAGCCUUGGGGUGCUAAGAAACCAAGGCAUGAUCUGCCUCCUUACCGGGUCCAUCUUACUCCCUAUACUGUGGACAGCCCCACCUGUGACUUCUUAGAACUCCAGCGCCGUUACCGCCACCUCCUGGUCCCUUCUGGUUUUCUGGCCGUGCAUCUGAGCUGGCUGUCGGCCUUUCCUCUGAGCCAGCCCUUUUCCCUCCAUCACCCAAGUCGGAUUCAGGUAUCUUCUGAGAAGGAGCCAGCUCCAGACACCAGUGCUGAGCCCAGCUCUGCAGACAGUGACCCCGCUUACAGUUCCAAGGUACUGCUGCUCUCUUCCCCAGGGUUGGAGGAAUUGUAUCGUUGUUGUAUGCUCUUUGUGGAUGACAUGGCUGAGCCAAGGGAGACGCCAGAACAUCCUCUGAAGCAGAUUAAGUUUUUGUUGGGCCGGAAAGAAGAGGAGGCAGUGCUGGUUGGGGGUGAGUGGUCUCCUUCUCUGGAUGGCCUCGACCCCAAGGGCGACCCACAGGUGCUGGUUCGCACUGCCAUCCGCUGUGCGCAAGCCCAGACAGGCAUCGACUUGAGCGCCUGCACAAAGUGGUGGCGCUUUGCUGAGUUUCAAUACCUGCAGCCAGGACCCCCGCGGCGGCUCCAGACUGUGGUGGUAUACCUGCCGGACAUCUGGACCAUCAUGCCUCCUUUGGAGGAGUGGGAGGCUUUGUGUCAGCAGAAAGCUGCAGAGGCUGCAGCCCCAGCCCCAGAAGUCCCAGCGGAAAUGGAGUCUACAGAACAGGCAGCUGAUACUUCAGAGCAAGCAACAGAUACUUCCAAACAGAACGCAGAGAAUCCAGAGGUUACGGCCCAGCAAGAAGUGGACACUGAUCUCCCAGAGGCCCCUCCACCCCCUCUAGAACCUGCUGUCAUGGCACGCCCUGGUUGUGUAAGCCUGUCCCUCCAUAGUAUUGUGGAAGAUCGGAGGCCAAAAGAGAGGGUCUCUUUUGAGGUGAUGGUGUUGGCUGAGCUGUUUUUGGAGAUGCUGGAGAGGGAUUUUGGCUAUAGGAUUUAUAAGAUGCUGCUGGGCCUUCCUGAAAAGGUGGUGGCCCCACCUGAACCUGAGAAGGAAGAGGCAGUCAAGGAGGAAGAAGCAGUCAAGGAGGAGGCGUCCAAGGAGCCCAAGGAUGAGGUACAGAGUGAGGGCACAGCUGCCGAGUCAGACGCACCGCCGAAGGAAGAUGGGCUUUUGCCAAAGCCCCCAUCUUCUGGGGGCGAGGAGGAAGAGAAGCCCCAGGGUGAGGCAUCUGAGGACCUCUGUGAGAUGACCCUUGACCCUGACCUGCUGCUCCUGAGGGACGACGGAGAGGAAGAGUUUGCAGGAGCCAAGCUGGAGGAUUCCGAAGUCCGGUCAGUUGCCUCAAACCAGUCUGAGAUGGAGUUCUCUUCACUUCAAGACAUGCCCAAGGAACUGGACCCCUCAGCUGUGCUCCCUUUGGACUGUCUUCUUGCUUUUGUCUUCUUUGAUGCCAACUGGUGUGGUUACUUGCACCGGCGAGACUUGGAGAAGAUCCUGCUCACCCUUGGGCUCCGGCUCAGUGCAGAGCAGGCCAAGCAGCUGGUCAGCAGGGUGGUGACCCAGAAUAUUUGCCAGUACCGGAGCCUUCAGUACAGCCGCCAGGAGGGCACAGAUGGCGGGCUUCCUGAGGAGGCGCUCUUCGGAAACCUGGACCUGCUACCUCCUUCUGGGAAAAGCCCAAAGCCAAGUGCUGCCCCCACGGAACACAAAGGCCUGGUGUCCCACAACGGCAGCCUGAUCAACGUGGGGAAUCUGUUGCAGCGUGCGGAGCAGCAGGAUAGUGGGCGGCUGUACCUGGAGAACAAGAUUCACACACUGGAACUAAAGCUGGAGGAGAGCCAUAACCGUUUCUCAGCCACUGAAGUAACAAACAAGACACUGGCCGCAGAAAUGCAGGAGCUGCGAACCCGGUUGGCCGAGGCUGAGGAGACGGCCCGAACAGCUGAACGACAGAAGAACCAGCUGCAGCGGCUGUUACAGGAGUUCCGAAGGCGCCUGACCCCCCUGCAGCUUGAGAUGCAGCGGAUGGUUGAAAAGGCUGACAGCUGGGUAGAGAAGGAGGAGCCGGCACCGAGCAACUGAGGGCCCUGGCACAGGAGCUGCCAUCCUGUGAGGUCAGCGAUGGAGCCUGAAGUUUCAGCCCUUUUGGUCCCAGAAAGAAGCUGGAGCAGGACCUGGGAGCCAUAGGCAGGGGGUGGCUGACCCCUGUGCUCAGCCUCUAGGGGAGGCCAGGCCGUCAGGGUGGGGUCUGUCUGCUACGUGGGACAGACAAGCGAGGAACCCCGGUUCCGGUUACAACUAAAUCCAACACAACAUCUUCUGCACCCCUCGAAUGUCAUUUUGCCCUCUCCCUGGGGAUUCUCCUGGGGCCCUUUAGUCUUGUGCUGACUUUCUCCUGUCCUCUUCCAGUUUAGAGUAAGACGGGGAGGAAAAGGCUUUUUGAGUAUGUCAUAAGGUCUGAUGCCAAUAAACUGAAGAAACAGCUGUGGAAGCUGGCUGGGGUGAGAGCCCCUUCCUCUGGACGGCACAAAGCCCGUUAGGUUCCAGGAGCAGGUUCUUGGGCAGGGGCUCCCGUGGCCACCACAGGGCCGGAGCCAGCGCUAGCGAGCUGCGUCGGGCUGUGUCUGCCAGUGCACGCUGUUACGGCCACCCCAGACUCGCCGGAAGAAACCAGCGCCUCUCCCCUGGCUCCCCGUGUUCAGAAUGUGGUAUUGGCUCUGGCCCAGCCUUCUCCCCUGUUCCCCGUAAUUCUCGCCUCUUUCCAUAAUCCGUGGUUUCAGUUUGACUUUGUAUAUAAAGUUGGUUUUUUCUUUUGGCUUUUUGUUUUUUAAAUAAACCAAAGUCAAAAACA